AUGGGAUGUAUCAUUAGCUCUAGCAAAGGCAAAAGACAUGUCAGUUUAAAAAAGUUGGAAUCUGCUGACAUUCGCAACUAUCUCCGUAAGGCCACAGUGCAAGUAAAGCAAAGGACAAAUACAGGGAAAAUCGCUGGAACUAAUACUUUAUCUUAUAACCACACCGAGCCCGUUUUAUGCUCAUCAAGAAAAAUUGAGUUCGAAAAUCGGAGCUUUUGGGCAUCUUCUUGUGUUUUGCCAGGGCUUGAUCCACAUGGAGAAAUUGAAAAAAAGUGUCAAGAUUUAUGCUUAUUUUGCAAUGAUGCAGACAGCGUUUUAAUGGCAUUGUUCGACGGGCAUGGAUCUGAAGGAGAAAAGGUUGUAGAUCUUUGUGCAACGACUGUAGAUGAGUUUUUUACAGCUCAUAAACACGAAUAUGCCGUAUAUUUCCUUUAUUAUUAAAUACUUAUUAAUAGAUUUUAUAAUAGAAUUAAUGCAUUAUUAUGCCCAUGGGCAUAUUUUAAAUAGGCAAAUCCAACAGAAUUCCUCAAUGCAAUCAUCAAAAAAUGUGAUGAUGAGGUUAGAAACCCAGUAAACAAUAUUAAUGCUACUAACUCAGGAAGGUAAUGUAUAUGCAGUACUGGGGUUUUAGUGUAUUAUUAUGGUAACUAUUUAUACUCUGCAAGUGUAGGUGACUCUCGAGCUGUUUUGGCCACUUCAUGUGUCCCAGAAGUGCUCCCAGCCCCACCUGCAAUUAUAGGCGAAGAUCGAAAAAUGCUUGAUGAAGUGAAAAAGCGCAGAAACAGUGUUCCAAACCCUGCAAUUCAUGCACUGCAGCUAACAAGAGAUCAAAAGCCCGAAGAUCCUGAAGAAUUAUCAAGAAUCAUAAAAAACGGCGGCAGAGUCCAACAACUCACAGAUGAGCUUGGCAACAGAAUUGGGCCUUAUAGAGUCUGGGAACUCUACUCCAACGGCCCAGGGCUUGCAAUGAGCAGAUCCAUAGGAGAUACCAGAGGUAAACGUGUAGGAGUUAUUGCAAAUCCUGUAUGCACUAACUAUAAGCUCUCAGGAUAUGAAGACUACUUUAUAGUCGCUGCAUCUGAUGGAGUUUGGGACGUGCUUGAAAAUGAAGAUGUAGUCCAUUUCAUCGAAUAUUACAGAAAUAAAUGCAUAAGAGGUCUUGACUCAAGACCAAUGCUUGAAGUUAUUAAGCCGGAAAAUACAUGCAUAGCUCAGCUAUUAUGUGAAGAAGCAAGAAUUCGAUGGCAAACGAUCAUUGAGGAAGAAGAUGUGAUGAUUGAUGAUAUUUCCUGCCUAAUUUUAGAACUUAACCAGUCAAAUAUAAAAGUUACUAGGAAAGAUCCUGGGAAAAUCCCCGAAGUUGUGCCGAGUGUGGAAGUUUUGCAUGAGUUUAGAAGAGCGCCAACUAUGAGAGAUGUGGCAGUUAAAGAUCCUAGAAGAGGCUCAAUUGUUGUGGAUAGGGUUGAUGACAUGUAUACAGAGGAGUAA